AUGUCUUCUGAUCUGUCUGCUUUGUUCAAUAAUGCGAAGAAAGUCGCAUUAGUUAGUGUUCCAGUGAAAGAAGAGGAGCCGGUAGAACAAGAAGAAGAAGAACAAGAGGAAGAAGUUAUUGAGGGACCGAAGAAAAAGGCGAGAAUCGAACGGAAGUAUGAAGAUCCGUCCAUUGCCAAUGCACAAACAGUUUUUGUUGGAAAUGUUCCAAGUGGAUGUACACAAAAAGAACUAAAAAGAUUAUUUUCAAAAUACGGUACAAUCGAUUCUAUUCGACUUCGAAAUAUUGUUCCGUUGAACCCCAAACGAGGUAACCGUUUGGCGUUUAUCAAGAAAGAAUUUCAUCCUUUACAAAAAACCAUCACUGCUUUCGUUCGAUUUGCUGAUGAGUCUCAAGCAAAAAAUGCUACUUCAUUGAAUGGUGAACUGUAUAAAGAACACCAUCUACGUGUUGACAUGGCACAAAAUCAAAAUGAAGGAGCUAAACAUGAUAACAAGCGAAGUAUAUUUAUCGGAAAUCUACCAUUUGACGCUAGUGACGAUGAUGUUUGGAAAGCAUUUGAAGAGUGCGGUGAAAUUGAAAGUGUCCGUCUUGUUCGUGAUCGUGCCACUAGUGUUGGGAAAGGUUUUGGCUAUGUUCUAUUUCAAGAUGAAGCAUCUGUUGCCUUAGCAUUGAGAAUGGAUGGAAAUUGUCAAGUUGGUAAUCGACAGAUACGAAUCAAAGCUGCCGUGAAGAAACCUAAGCGAGUAAAACCUGUUAUUCCCCCGAAGAAAUAUCGACGACAGAAUAAAAAGUUCAACUCAGCGAAUUCCAACCCUUCAGAUGGUACAGAUGGCGUACAACAAGGUCGAAUUGAGAAACGACCAGCGGUCAAAUUAAGAAAAGAAAAGCAAAAGAAGAAAAAGAAGCAACACGCUGUUAAAACAAAUAAUUCGCGAAAAGAUGUUAUCCAACUGAAGAAAAAAACUUGA